AUGCUCAUCAAGGAGUAUCACAUCCUGCUGCCCAUGAGCCUCGAGGAGUAUCAGGUGGCCCAGCUCUAUAUGAUCCAGAAGAAGAGCCGGGAGGAAUCCAGCGGGGAGGGCAGCGGGGUCGAGAUUCUGGCCAACCGGCCCUACAGCGACGGCCCGGGAGGCAGCGGCCAGUACACCCACAAGAUCUACCACGUGGGCUCCCACAUCCCCAGCUGGUUCCGUGCCCUGCUGCCCAAGGCUGCCCUGCAAGUGGAGGAGGAGUCGUGGAACGCCUAUCCCUACACGCGCACCAGAUACACCUGCCCCUUCGUGGAGAAGUUCUCCAUCGAGAUCGAGACCUAUUAUCGGCCCGACUCCGGCAAACAGACCAAUGUCUUCAACCUCACGGCGGCCGAGAAGAGGCAGCGGAUUCUGGACACCAUUGACAUUGUGCGGGACCCCAUCUCGCCCAACGAGUACAAGGUGGAGGAGGAUCCCAAGCUGUAUCGCUCGGCGAAGACAGGCCGGGGGCCGCUGGGCGACGAGUGGCUGGAGGGGGCCAUGGCAGCCGGGCCCCUCAUGUGUGCCUACAAGCUAUGCAAGGUGGAGUUCCGCUACUGGGGCAUGCAGUCCAAGAUCGAGCAGUUCAUCCACGACGUAGGGCUGCGCAAGGUGAUGCUGCGGGCACACCGCCAGGCCUGGUGCUGGCAGGACGAGUGGACGGAGCUGACCAUGGAGGAUAUCCGGCAGCUGGAGGAGGAGACGGCCCGCAUGCUGGCCCAGAAGAUGGCCAAGUGUGCCGAGGCCGAGGAGGCGGCGGCUGCCCCCAGCGCCGAGGGCCGGGCUGAGCUGGGCAGCGCUGACGGGCAGGACCGAGCUGAGGGGCAGGGGCCACCCGACGCCUCCCCCGACGACGCCUUCGCCAAGCAGUGGUCCACGUCCUCCCGCUCCUCCUAUUCCUCCCAGCAUGGAGGGGGGGUAUCGCCCCAGAGUCUCUCAGAGUGGCGCAUGCAGAACAUCGCACGGGACUCGGAGAACAGCUCAGAGGAGGAAUUCUUCGAUGCGCACGAGGAUCUGUCUGACAGUGACGAGGUCUUUGCCAAGGAGAUGACCAAGUGGAACUCCAACGACUUGCUGGACACGCUGGACCGGCCAGGCGAGCUGGACGAGGGGCUGGGGGACGGGACCGGUGUGGCCAAGCCCAGUGGCAAUGGACUGACUGGGGCCAGCUUUGCCGAGGGUGGCUCUGUGGAGAGCGUGGCGCAGGCCUGCCGAAUCCACGCGCUGUUCCUGAUCCUGCACAGUGGGAACAUCCUGGACCAGGGUGCGGGCGAGCCGGGCUCCAAGCAGGCUGACGUGCAGACGCUGGCCGCCACCUUCGACGCCGUCGCCCGUGUGCACUUCCCUGAGGCGCUGGGCCAUGUGGCGCUGCGCCUGGUGCCCUGCCCGCCCAUCUGCGCCGCCGCCUACGCCCUGGUCUCCAACCUCAGCCCCUACAGCCAUGAUAGGGACAGCCUGUCCAGCAGCCAGGACCACAUCCCACUUGCUGCCCUGCCCCUGCUGGCCACAUCCUCCGGGAGCUACCAGCAUGCCGUGGCCACCACCAUCGCCCGUGCCAACCAGGCCCACAGCGCCUUCCUGCACUCCACUGAGGGCUCCGGCUUCUGCGGCCAGGUGGUGCUGAUCGGUGACUGCGUGGGGGGCAUCCUGGGUUUCGAUGCCCUGUGCCAGAGCCGGGCGGGCACUGCGGGGAGCUGGAGCAGCAGCCGCCGGGGCAGCCUGAACAUGGAGCCGAUCUCCCCAGAGCUGGGCAGCAGGAAAGACCCGCUGGCCGAGGGGGCAGGGGGGACGGGACGGGCCAGCCCCGAGCCCGGGGUACUCCCGCCCCCCCAGGAGCAGAGCGACGUGGACUCUGUGCACCAGCAGCACAAUUUCCUGUGCAGCCUGCAGGCCAGCGUCCCCCAGGGGGAGGUGGAGUUGCGGCGCAGCAGCUGCUCCUCGGGCUCAGCGCUGGACGGGGGCGAGGGCGCGGCCGCCCGCCUCGACUUCAAGGUGUCCGGCUUCUUCCUGUUCGGCUCGCCGCUGGGGCUGGUGCUAGCGCUGCGCAAGACGGUCAUGCCAGCCUUGGAUGUGGCCCAGAUGCGCCCGGCCUGUGAGCAGAUCUACAACCUGUUCCACGCAGCUGACCCCUGCGCCUCGCGCCUGGAGCCCCUGCUGGCCAAGGCCUUCCACGCUGUCCCCCCCCUGGGCGUACCUCGCUACCAGAAAUACCCGCUGGGCGAUGGCACCUCUGCACUGCUGGCUGAGGCCCUGCAGACUCAUUCCACCCUCUUCCUGGGCGACUUGGAGCUGACGGCGCCCACCACCCCUACCAGCUGUUUUGGGGGCUUCUGGAGAGGCAGCGAGACAGGAGAGCCUCCCGCUCCCUCCAGCACCAGCGAGGUCGUCAAGAUCCUGGAGCGGUGGUGGGGCCUGAAGCGCAUUGACUACUCCCUGUACUGCCCCGACGCGCUGACCGCCUUCCCCACCAUCACCCUGCCGCACCUCUUCCACGCCAGCUACUGGGAGUCCUCCGACGUGGUAGCCUUCAUCCUGCGCCAGGUGAUCGAGAAGGAGCGCCCCCAGCUGGCGGAGUGCGAGGAGAGCUCCAUCUACAGCCCCGCCAUCCCCCGCGAGAAGUGGCAGCGCAAGCGCACGCAAGUGAAGAUCCGGAACGUGACGUCCAACCACCGAGCCAGCGACGUCAUCGUGUGCGAGGGGCGGCCCCAGGUGCUGAGCGGGCGCUUCAUGUACGGCCCCCUGGACGUGGUGACGCUGACCGGGGAGAAGGUGGACAUCUACAUCAUGACGCAGCCGCUGUCGGGGAAGUGGCUGCACUACGGCACCGAGGUGACAAGCAGCAGCGGGCGCCUGGCCUUCCUCAUCCCGCCCGACAAGGCGCUGGGCAUCGGCAUGUACCCCGUGCGCAUGGUGGUCAGAGGGGAUCACAGCUAUGCCGAGGCCUUCCUGACGGUGGUGGCACGCAGCACCGAGGCGGUUGUCUUCAGCAUCGACGGCUCCUUCACGGCCAGCGUCUCCAUCAUGGGCAGCGACCCCAAGGUGCGGGCAGGCGCCGUCGACGUUGUGCGGCACUGGCAGGACUCAGGGUACAUGAUCAUCUAUGUGACGGGGCGGCCCGACAUGCAGAAGCACCGCGUGGUGGCCUGGCUGUCGCAACACAACUUCCCGCACGGCGUCGUCUCCUUCUGCGACGGCCUCACCCACGACCCCCUGCGCCAAAAAGCUGCCUUCCUGCAGAGCCUGCGCACCGAGGCAGAGGUCACCAUUGUGGCUGGCUAUGGCUCCACGAAGGACAUCUCGGUCUACAGCUCCCUGGGGCUCUCGCCCACCCAGAUCUACAUUGUCGGGCGCACCGUCAAGAAGUUCCAGAACCAGUGCCAGUUCUUGUCCGAGGGCUACGUGGCGCACCUGGCCCAGCUGGAGACGGCAUCGCUGGCACAUUCGCCCAAGGGGGCACCGCGGCCCACGCUGGGCAAAGGCACCUACGGCUGCCCCGCCCCCGUCGACUUCCUGCGCAAGCAGAGCCAGCUGCUGCGCUCGCGGGGGCAGAGCCAGGCGGAGCGUGAGGGGGGUGCCCCAGCACCGCCCCGCGCCAAGGCCCGCAGCAUCAGCCUCAAGCUAGAGAGCGAGGAGUGA